AUGGCCUAUGAUUGCGGCUUUCCCCGUCCUCAUGGAGACCUGUUUAAGCUUGGAUUUCCACAGGCUGUUCUCACAUCCCUCCCCACAGUACACUACUGGGAGAUGUUCCCAGUACACGGCGAGAGUGUUGUGUCCGGUGAGGAUUACCGUGGAAAGCGAGUACUAGUUGUUGGGUGUGGCAAUUUUGGCAUGGAAGUCUCUCUUGAUCUCUGCAACCACGAGGCCUUCCCGUCCAUGGUGGUUCGUAGCUUGCUCAAGAACUCUACUGGAAAGACCCUUGUUCUGGAUAUUGGUGCACCGUUGAAGAUCAAAUCUCGUGACAUUAAUAUCGUCACUGGAAUCAAAAGGUUCAAUCGUGAUAGUGUGGAGCUUGUCGAUGGAGAAAACUUGAUGUUGAUUCAGUUGUUCUGGCAACUAGCUCUGGAAGAGAGUGAAUUCUUCUCCAAGAAUGGGCUUCCAAAGACUCCAUUUCCAAAUGGGUGGAAGAUAGAAGCUGUGAUGAAUUACUUUAUUCAGCUGAAGCCACAAUCUAAUGUUUAUGAGGCUGAAACAAUGAUUGAAGAUGAAGCGCAAGAGAUGGCAAAGCUUAUAUAUGCAAAAGUUUCCCAACAAGCAAAUGAUAAGCCAUCAUUACACUUAAAAGAUGUACUAGUAAUCUUUGAGGUUCUUUUAAUAGGGGCAGAAUUGGAAAUUUUGACAGAUUCCGAUUCCAGCUUCUAG